UUUAGCCAACACAGCCUGCCUUCCGCCGACUUGCACUUCCCCCACUCUCAGCGCAGCAACCGGCUAGUCCCGACACAUAAAAUGAAGCAACCCUCAGCGUUUCUGGACGCUGUGUGGCUCAGUGGAUUUUGCUGAUGCAGGAGACUACAUUGUUUUCAUAAGAUCUCUGUAAAAGAGGUCAAAAUCAGAGUGGGGAAUGGACGAGCAGAAAUCAAACUGCGAAGAGAAUGACUCUGAACCAACAGCUGAUGACAGUGCCUCUGCAAAUCGGCCAGUUUCUCCAAAGGAGUCGUCCAAGGCAUCUCUUGCUGUAGAGGAUGAGUCUGGUGUUACUGCAGCUUCUUCAUCAUCUAUAGAGAGUGCUUGUGCCUGUGCACUCUGUAAUUGUGUGGAACGAAGUUUGCAUGGACAGAGGGAACUGCGGCACUUUAGGUCGUCUUCUCAGCGGCCUCCUCUCAAGCCAUCAUCUUUCCCACUGCCAGAGCCUGGAAAUGAUGACCUGUCUUCCAUUGGAUUUUCUGACUCUUCUUGUCUUUCUGCACUCUUUGAUGACUCAGGGGGUUGUUGGGUUCACCACUGGUGUGCAGUAUGGUCAGAAGAGGUAAAGGGAACAGAGAAUGAAGAGCUGGAGAAUGUGGAUAAGGCUAUUAUCUCAGGGACACAGCAACUUUGUGAUUAUUGCAAAAGGCUGGGUGCAACCAUACGAUGCCACAUAGAGGACUGUUCACGAUUCUACCACUUCCCAUGUUCAGCAGCCAGUGGAUCCUUCCAGUCCAUGAAGCAGUUGGUUCUUCUCUGCCCAGAGCACAUAGAAAAGGCAGAAGAGCUGGCUGGAGAGGAGGCUUGGUGUGCAGUGUGUGACUCGGUUGGGGAGCUCACAGAAUUGCUUUUCUGCACGGGUUGUGGCCUACAUUAUCAUGCCUCCUGUCUGGAAAUUGGUGCCACACCAAUUCAGCGAGCAGGAUGGCAGUGCCCAGAGUGUAAAGUGUGCCAGACCUGCAGACAACCAGGCGAAGACUCCAAAAUGUUGGUAUGCGAUGCUUGUGAUAAGGGCUACCACACAUUCUGUCUCCAGCCAGCUAUGGAUUCUCUUCCUUCUGACCCUUGGAAAUGCAGAAGGUGUCGUGUAUGUUUGGAGUGCGGUGCCCGCGGAUCGGUGCUACCGGGUUCAGCCCAGUGGUUCGAGAAUUAUAGUGUGUGUGAGGGAUGCCAGCAUCAACGGAGCUCAACGUGUUGUGUGUGCAGCAAAACUGCCAACCCUUCUGUUGUGCUUCAGUGUUGCAGUAUUUGUCACAGAUGGAUGCACAGUGAAUGUGCAUCAUCGGAAGAGUUUUCAGAAGCCAAGGUUAUUUGCUCGCUUUGCAAAGAGGAUCAUCAGCAGCCUGUUGCUCAGUCAGGGAAGUUGCAAACCAGAGAGGAGGUGACAAUCCAAGCAAAGACUGACACCUUCACAGAAAACAGAGCAGAUUUUUCAGAAGUGACAUCUGAACAGAAAGGCACAUUAAAGUUGGAUCUUGCUCAUAAUAAACCUGAAAAGGAAACCCCCAUGGAUUUGGGGGAGUCUGCAGCUCACACAACAGCUUAUAAAGAAACAACCGUGGGGGGAGAGUCACGGACAGCAGCAGAAGGUUUGACUUGUGAGAUGCCAGCCGCUUCACUUGUGUCUACAGACACACAAGACUCCCUUUCUGCUAUGGAUAUGGAGGGGCGGUUACUUCCCCACUCUGAUGAUGAGGAGGAAGAAGAAGAGGACGAUGAAUAUGAACAAAUUAAAGGACACAAUCUGGACAUAAAGCAGAAACUUCAAGAAGUUAAGCCAGAGUUGCUGCUGGAUGAAAUGUCCAAUAUGAGCCACGGAGAUGAAAGCAGCAGCGGCUUCCUUGGCUCUCCGGGAGAACCUGAUCCUCAGCUCUCCAUGGAAUUUGGACUUGUACCAACUGGCCACUCACACACUGAUAACCUCACUGAGACCGAUGACUCGCUUCCUUUUGAACCCUUCAGAAGUGACAGAGAGAAGGCAAAACGUAGAGGAUCCCCAGGACGCUCAAGAGUCAAACAGGGGCGAAGCAAUAGUUUUCCUGGGAAGCGCAGGCCUCGAGGAGGUGGUGCGGGGAGAGGGCGAGGUGGGAGGUCACGACUCAAAGCCAUGGCGUCUUGCAUUGACGCCUUUUUGCUAAGCAUGACUUCAGACACUGGGCUAAGCAAGGAGGAAGAUGAUGAUGAAGAUGACACCAUGCAGAACACAGUGGUUCUCUUCUCAAACACUGAUAAAUUUGUCCUGCUCCAGGAUAUGUGUGUUGUGUGUGGCAGUUUUGGAAAGGGAGUAGAGGGACAGUUGCUGGCUUGUGCUCAAUGUGCCCAGUGUUACCAUCCUUACUGUGUCAACAGCAAAAUUACAAAGACAAAGCUUCGUAAAGGCUGGCGAUGUUUGGAGUGUAUUGUAUGUGAAGUGUGUGGAAAGGCGUCAGACCCCUCUCGUCUGCUGCUGUGUGAUGACUGUGACGUCAGCUAUCAUACCUACUGCUUGGACCCACCCCUGCACACUGUACCAAAGGGUGGCUGGAAGUGCAAAUGGUGUGUGUGCUGUGUUCAGUGUGGUUCCAGCUCGCCAGGCUUCCACUGUGAGUGGCAGAACAACUACACACACUGUGGACCUUGUGCUAGCCUCGUCACCUGUCCAGUAUGCCGAGAAAACUUCAUGGAAGAGGAGCUGCUGCUGCAGUGUCAGUACUGUGAUCGAUGGGUCCAUGCUGUCUGUGAGAGUCUGUAUACAGAGGAUGAAGUGGAGCAAGCUUCUGAUGAAGGCUUUGCAUGCACAUCUUGUUCCCCUUAUGUUCCAAAACCUGUUGUAGUAGAGUCAGCCAUUAUGGCUUCAAUAAAGAUCAAAGAGCCAGAGCCCCAGUUCUACAGACUGGAGGGGGUGUGGUUGACAGAGUCGGGCAUGUCCCUGCUUCGUAGCAUCUCUAUGUCCCCUUUGCACAAGAGACGGCAACGUCGAUCUCGUCUUGGCACUUUGUGCUGUGAAGGCGGUCCUGAUGGAAUGGAUAUGAGGGAGGUUGAUGGAGAAGGAGAGGAGGGAAAAGGCUGUGGGGAACCAAUGGAUUGUGACUCCAAAUUGGAGCCAACAGGAAGUCCUGACCGAGAAGGUGGUGAGAGGGAUGCUGGUGCAGAAGGAGGCAUUGAAGGCAUGGCUGACUGUGAGGGUCUUAAAGGUGGGGCAGAAGAGACAGAUGACAGCAAAAAAAGGAAGCGGAAACCUUACAGACCUGGGAUUGGGGGUUUCAUGGUGCGACAAAGGAAGUGUCACACUCGGAUGAAGAAAGAGUUUUUUGCUCAGCUGGCUGGAGAAACUACAUUAGAUGGACAGCCAAUCGAGCGAACCAUUGAAGAAGGACCUCACCCGGACACAGAUAAUAUAAUGGAUCCCAAACCAUCGGAGGGUGAGGAACAGGCCAAAAAACGUCGGGGCCGAAAAAAGAGCAAACUUGAGGACAUGUUUCCAACAUACCUUCAGGAGGCUUUUUUUGGGAAGACAUUAAUAGACUUGAGUAAGAAAUCUAUGAUGAUAGCCCCAGGGCAGAGGACAGGUACAUGCCUUGUUCGACCUUCGUUACCAACACCAGCAGGGGUCAGAACUGCUAACCCCGAGACUGAUGCCAAGGAUCAGGUUGUGGAGGGCAAUUUUCCAUUCAAGCAAGAGGGGGGUGAAGCCCCCAAGGCUCAGAGAGACAGUGCAGGAAUCCCUGCAACAUCCUCGCUGGUAAAGGACCAGAUGUCAGUUAAUCCCCAUGACUCUGAAGCAGAAAAAGGUGAAGGUCUUCCACAGGGAGUGGAGAAUCAGGAUUCUGAGCAGUUCUUCAGGAAGGUUCUUGGGGUUCAAGAUGGCUCCUCUUUGGGGGCCAUGAAGCCAAUCUUGGAGGUCAAGGGCGAACCAAAUAGCACAGUGCCACAGAGAGCUCUCUUGUCAGGAUCUCUGCCCUCCACGGGAAUGAUGGAUACCUUUCCUGGCCUCUCUCAAUCACCCUUCUUUGAUAUGCGAGAUAGAGGAGGACUGUUCAGUCCAGAUGGGGGGGAGGAGAGUCCAUGGGCCACACCUUCUACCCCAGCAACCCCUUCCUCCCCACCCACUCCCACAGAGGCAGAAGGUGACGGGCUGUCCUACAACCAGCGCAGUCUCCAACGCUGGGAAAAGGAUGAGGAGCUGGGAGAGCUCUCCACCAUUUCUCCUGUUCUUUAUGCCAAUACCAACUUCCCAACUCUUAAACAGGACUAUCCAGACUGGUCAAAUCGUUGCAAGCAAAUAAUGAAAAUUUGGAGGAAGGUGUCUGCUACAGACAAGGUUCCAUAUCUGCAAAAGGCCAAAGAUAACAGAGCAGCUCAGAGGAUUAACAAGGCACAGAAGCAGGCAGAGAGUCAGGUCUGCAGGCCCGUCAAAACAGAACCUAGCCGUGCUAAAGGAGAACGACCGAGCUUGCAUCUCCAGAUUCCUCCACCUUCAGGCUCUACAUCAAUUUCUUCCCAUCCAAGCUCAGCGGACAGUCAAUUUUCCUUCCCUCCAGAUUCUGGAUCGUCUUCUGUAUUUUUUCCAGAUGGACCUAUUAAGACUCCAUUAUCAGCUGACAGCAGGACAGAUCCUCUGGCCAAACUUCCAUCUCAGUCACCCCAUUCUCACUCACACCCAGCCAUGCCAUUUUCUCAUGCUGGGGCCAGUUCUUUACAGGCCUCUUCCUCAGGUUAUUCUACUUCCGGCCCACAGGGUCCUCCUCAGGGACGGCCAGACAGCCUUGGCCCUUUUGACAUGCAACCAGGAACUCCUGGAACCCUCAGGCGGGCACAACAGGUUGACCCCUACUUCAGAUCACAACUGCAGCGGGAACAGGGUCAUACCUUACAGUCACAGCAAGGCUCCCAAGAACUUCUAGGACCUCCUGAAAGUUCCAGUUCAAGAGGUACUGAGCUUGGGGAGUCACCCAUCUUUUCACCAUCCCACAAUACUCGUCAUGGAGACCCUUUUAGAACCCAUCAGGGAAUGGGACGGUCAGAACAUGGUUUAUCUCCAUCACCUGCUGCAGUGGCCUCCUCGCCUGUGAGUACAGGGCAGUAUAGAGCUGAAAUCGGUGCACCUUCUUUGUGCUCUUCUGCUGCUGCAGGGUCUGAACUUUCCACUGGUUCUCCUGCUGGGAUGGAAUCUGGGUCUGGUUUGUUCAAGGCACCCAUGACUCCUCGAAUGCACCAAGGGGAGAGUGGAGGACUUCAUCCUGGAGCCUCCCCUAGUCAUCCUUCUGAAAGCUAUAGGCAGUCUCCUUCUCACACUUUCUCUGACCCUCACACUCAUCCACCACUAACCUCCAGACAACAAUCGGGUGACGGUUGCACUUUUGGAACCCAGAGACCGCUUGUAGUAAAGCAAGAACAGGGACCUAGAGUACCCUCUAGUCCACAGUCCCAGGGCAGUGCUCAGUCGCCCCACACGCCUGGUGGCUUGUCCAAUGAUCCAUAUUCUGCACAGUCUCCUGCUACCCCUCGUUUUCAAUCUCCAGAACCUUGUUCUAAGCCACCUUCAAGGCCACAAUCUAGAGACCCCUUUGCUACUAUCCACAAACCCCCUUGUACUUCCUCUUUUCCUCCAGAAGGAGCUGGAAGUUGCACCAAAACCUCUCCUCCUUCUAACCAGCCAUCUCCAGUCCACUCAAGUAACAGUUCUACAGGGGAUCCACCUUCUGGUAAACCCUCUUUCAGUCGCAGUCCUGGUACGGGAUCUUCUCUAAUCAGUCAACAGCAGACACAGAUGGCACAGGGUCAGCCUCAGCAGCCACAAUCGCAGGUGACGCUGGGCGCAAACCUCAGCUCCAGGAUACCGCCUACUUCUGGAUCCCAAGAACUACCAGCUGUUCACCCUCCAGAGAUGCUCCAUCAGUCAGCUUUACCAGGCACUCAAGAGAUGUCUGACCUAUCAGCAGUGCAGGAUCCUUCAUUAGUAGGACUCAGUCCAUCUGAACUAGAGAAACACAAACAGCGACAAAAACUAAGAGAGUUCAUAAUCAGACAACAAAAGCAGAAAAAUUCAAUCCGACAAGAGAAGGAGGCAGCGGCGGCGGCUGCCGCUGCUGGAAAUGCCUCCCCUGGCUGGUCUGGAGGAGAGAUGACAGCCUUUCAACAGGAUAAGACCCACAGAGCACCACCACCUUAUCCACAGGAUUGUGUUGUCACUGCUACCUCUGAAGCUCAGGUUUCUGUGGCUGGGAAUAUGCAUGUGGUUGUAGGAGGCAUGGAUGACAAGCUUAUUCGCCCACCGCCUACAGGAACAUCUGCCAUUGUGGAUUCUGGUGGACUAAGGAUGCCUGGGCCACCUAGACCUCAUGGCAUGUUUGCUCGUCCACCAUUCCCUCAUCAGUGGCAGAGCCAGGCUCAGAGUCAAAGGAGGUUACCCCAGCCUGGCAUGGAAGGGAUGGGCAUAAGGCACAAUCUUAACCCUGCUGUCAACAUUCAAGGUAUAGAUGGCAUGGGUAAUCCUCGCACCGUGAUGCCAGGACAUGGAGGGGAGACUGUGCAGCCACUGGGUCAAGGGCCCCCACCACAGUUCAUUGAAUUGAGACACAACUCACAAAGGCUACCUCUACGGCCACAAUUUAUGGCUCGUGGACCCCAACCAAGACCACGCCUAUUUGUUCCACAGCAAGAAAUGGCUGCACCUUUUUUACAGCAACAUCCUAUCUCUCAAGCUGGGGGUCUUCAAACAGAAGGAGCCAGUGACUCAACACUGGGGUUACCACAAAGUGGUCUUCCAGUUUUACUGCCUCAGCAAACUACAGGCUCUGUAUCACAACAGCCUUGUUUGCAGCCUCAAGCAGCUACAUCCAAUUCAAGCACUCAUAAUACUGAGCAGCAUCGACUUGCACAGCCAGGCUUAAUGGCAGAACCUCAGGCUGCAACUGCGGGGAGACGUGUGGAACUGCCAGAGCAUGACCUUGAAGGGCUAGGCAAUGCUCCAGGAGAUGGAGGUGUGGAGGAUGAGGAUGACCUGGCCCUUGACUUAGAUCCUGACAAAGGUGAUGAUGACUUGGGCAACCUGGGCAACCUUGAAACUAAUGAUCCACAUCUAGACGACUUGCUUAACAGUGAUGAGUUUGACCUGCUUGCUUACACUGACCCUGAACUGGACCAAGGUGACCCUAAGGAUGUAUUUUCAGACCAGCUGCGGCGAGUAGAAGCAGAAAGUGAAGCACCUUCAUCGCUUUCUGGAUCUGCCCAUGUUAAAAUGGAAGGAAAAGCCAAAGAUGAGCCAAGACAGAAGUCUUUAGCAGCAGUUCCAACUGCUGCAAGAGAAUCUGCUGCCCAGCUUUCACCCACUUCAAAAGCUGCUGAAGCUUCCAAAGUUAAAGUUGAAGGCAAAGGUCAAACCACUCAGUUGCAGUCAGAGCAAACUGUAGUUAAAAAUGAAAUGGGAGAGGCUGUGUCAAUGCUUCUUGGAACACCAACAGCCAAGACAGCACAAACUGAAAACCAGACAACCUCCCUCAGUUCUGUUCGAUUAGGAGGACUUCCAUACCCCUUGCCAGGCCAAGAUGAUCGUUAUCCUCCAGGUGCCCCACAUGGAGAUAUUAGUGAUGAUCCACUGGGACUGCCUGAUGUUGGGGGCCAACACUCCCCUGCAGUAGAUUUGGCAAAGGUGGAGAGCUCUUUAGACGGUGAAUUGCCACUUCUCAUACAAGAUCUUCUUGAACAUGAAAAGAAAGAACUACAGAAACAACAACAGAUGAGUUCGCUUCAACAGGGAGCCGUUCCUCCACAUUUUCCUGGUAUCUCAAGCCAACAUCCAAAUCUACAAGCACCUGGACAGCUACUGCUGCACCAUCAGCAUCGUUCACCAGCCCCAGGAAUGAUUGCUCAGUCAGGAAUGGUGCCCCGUGCUCCCCACAUGCUGCAGCAGCAAAGGCUUAUGGGAGCGGGAAUGGUACAUCAGCCUCACAUGACUAUGCCCCAGCAGCAGGCUGUGAUGAGAGCAGGACAGCCAGGAAUGCACACAAGUCUUGGUCAUCCACCGCAGCCAGUUGUUAAACAGUCACCGAUGGCCAACAGCUUCUUUCCAGAUAAAGAUUUGGACAAAUUUGCUGCUGACGACAUUAUGGAUCCCAUUGCCAAGGCGAAGAUGGUCGCUUUAAAGGGCAUUAAAAGGGUGUUGGCACAGGAUCCAAUGGUUGUUCCAUCUGGCAUCAACAGGCAACAAGUUUCUUUGCUUGCUCAACGGCUGGCCUCUGCCCCUGGCACAGAUCCUGCGCAAAUUACACCUGGACCACUGAAGGAAGGAGAAACACCUGAUCCUACCCAGUCAAGACCCAACCCUCCUCAAUUUGUGCAGGGAAUCAUCAACGAUGCAGAACAGCAUCAAUAUGAAGAAUGGCUUCUUCAUACCCAGCAGUUACUUCAAAUGCAGUUGAAAUUUUUAGAAGAACAGAUUGGAGUUCACCGAAAAUCACGCAAAGCACUGUGUGCUAAGCAGCGCACUGCUAAAAAAGCUGGCAGGGAGUUUGCUGAGGCAGAUGCAGAGAAACUGAAGUUGGUUACUGAGGAGCAAAGCAAAAUUCAGAAACAGCUUGACCAGGUGCGCAAGCAACAGAAGGAGCACACCAAUCUUAUUGCAGAGUACAAAAGCAAACAGCAGCAGCAUCAACAAAGCUCAGGUAUUCUUACUCCAGGUCAUUCUGCACAGGGGGCCCCCUCUCACAUGUUUCCCAAAAUGCCAGGGCAGAUGAUGAUUGGCCAGCAGGGAGCACCAGGAAUGGGCCAGCACCCUGGCAUGAUGCCCCAAGUGGGAAUGCCUCUAAGAAUGCCCCAAGGACAGCCCUUCAUAGGAGGACCACAUAUGCAGCCUCCUUCAGCUCUUGGGGCCAGCAGUGCAAGGGCACCUGGUCCAUCGGGGCCUCCAGCUGCAUUUUUCCCCCAGGGGCCUGGAAUGCAAGGGGCAGACCCGAGGCUUCUUCAUGAAAGACAACUUCAGCACAGAGUGCAGAUGGCAAAGCUGCAGCAACAGCAGCAGGCGAUGAUGAGCCAACAACAGAUGCCACACCCAAAUCAACAAUCCAGUUUAAUAGCUCAGCCACAGGCUGGGAUGAUGGGGAAUCAGCUUAUGGCCCAACAGCAAGCCAACACUCAGCAAGGAAUGACUGCUAAUCAGCAGAGCGUGGUGCAGGUCCCACAAGGUAUGGUUGGAGGCCAGACUGUGGCUCCAUCGCAGCAAAAUCUUACAGCUGGCCAACCUUUUAAUCAUUCUCAAGCCAUGAUGGCAGCUCAGACAGGAUUGAUGGGGAAUCCGUCAUUACAGCAACAGAGACCUCAGUUGAUCAUGGGUCCGAAAGGUGUUAUUGGAUCUCCAGGUCACCCAGGACUCAGGGGACCCCAGGCUCAGUUAACUCCACAACAGCAGAACAUUCUUGCUCAACGUAUGCUUGUAUCUCAGCAGCAAAUGACACAGAUCAGUCAAUCUAGCCAGGAUCAAGGAGGGCAUUCCCAGCCCUCUACCCCACAGAUGGGUUCCUCCCCCUCAGCAGGAAGUAAUACACCCCAACCACAGGCAUCUACUGACAGCCAAAACUCAGGAUUCAAAGAGGGAGGGAUUCUAAGCCCUGAUUUAAGGACUCCACCACAUCACAGUGGACCUUCCACUCCCAGUCAGAUUUCCCAACAAGGCUCUGUAAAUGAUCAUCAGUCUGACCUGGAACGGCAACAAUUACAGCAGCAACAUCAAAAUCAGGUUUAUAUAACCCAGCAUCACAAUUCAAAUCCUCAGUCUGUUCACGAACAACAACCGGGUUUGACUGGAAACCAACAUUCUGGUGCCCCUCUACAGCAGCAACAUCAACUUCCACAGAGACAGGGUUCCCUUAAUGCUGACAAACCCAGCUUGAUGACUAUUAAAGAAGAAGUGAAUCCAGUUGAUUUAUUAGCUAAACAACAGCAAACAACUCAAAAUGCCACACAGCAGGCACCAGAUCCUACCAUGCAGCAACAGAUCAUGAGUCAGAAUCGUCCUGGCCAGCCACAGUCGGUUCCAAUGGGCUUUAAUUCACAGCAGCAAGCCCUCUUGGCCCAGCAGCAGAAACAACAGGCGAUGAUGGGUAUGAUGAGAGCUCAGCAGCAAGGGAUGAUGGCACAGAGACCCAAUGUCCCACCUGGACAGAUUCGCACUCCUAUCAACAUUCAGGCAAUUAUUGCUCAGAAUCCUCAGCUCCGCAAUCUUCCCCCAAACCAGCAGAUACAGCACAUUCAGGCUAUAAUAGCACAGAGACAGCUCCAUCACGGACAGAUGCUGCGAAUGCCUAUUGGCCAAGGCCAACCAGGUCAAUUGAGACCACAAGCUCCACAGGCCGGGCAGCAGAUGAUGGGGAUGGAGGGCCAUCAGAUGCCUUAUGGAGUUAUGGGGAAACCAGGAAUUGUGGCCAGUCAUCAGCAAUCGGGCAUGUUUGGCCAGCAACCUGGUGUUGGUCCUCAGAUACAGCAAGGGAUGAUGGUCCCUGGCCAGCCACAACCACAAUCAGGGGAGAUGGUACAGCAGCAUAUGAACAGGGGUCAGUUACCAAUGCCGCAUUCCCCCAUGGAGCAAAGUCGAGUGGUGAGGCCAGCGUCUCCGCGACAACCAUUAGUCAGCUCGCCGGGGGAUCCACAACGUCACAUGUUUAAUCAGUCCAUGUGUCCUCCCACUCCCAACCAGAAUCAACAACAAGCACUAAUGGCAUCUGCAUCAGGCCGAGUUCAGGGGUCUCCGUCCCAUGCAUACUCCCCAAGAGCUCCUUUUGGUAUGAGCCCAGCCCACCCAGCCUCACCUUACUCAUCUCAUAUCUCUUCACCUUCUGUAGCUGACUGUAGAGCUGGGAAGGGCAGUCCAUACAGCCAAGUUAAGGCAUCCCCACUCAGGUCACCUGGAGCCAAAAGUCCUCUUGAUUGUUCAGGACUGAAAGUAGAAACUCAGACAUCAAGCUGUGAAACAUCUCAGACAUUGUCAGUUACCCCUAAUGGGCCACAGAAAGGUGUGAAUGUUCAGCAAGAAUUAAAAAACAUCACAGAAAGUAACGUUCACACACAACAAGGGGAGCUAUUCAAGGUAGUGCAAAACAUUAAACAAGAACCAAAGGAAGUUCAGUGUGACGGUGCAUCAGAGACUAAUCCUGGAACUAUUAAGCGAGAAAUGUGUGAAAUGAUUACGUCUGGGUGUAACUCCAGCUUUUCUAAUGCUGGAAACAUAUCCAGAGACUCUGAGCCCCAUGGUCCUAGAUCUGAGACUGGACAACAGCUGCUGCAGAAACUCCUUAAAACCAAGAAUAUUCAGCUUAACGCCCAGAGGCCGUCUGAAGGCAUCCACAAUGAGAUCAAUGGUCACAUCAACAGUAAAUUGGCUAUGCUUGAACAAAAACUACAAGGAACUCCAAGAAAUAUGGAGGACUUGCAAUCUUUAACCAAAAGGGCUCCCGUACAAAAGCCCAAGCGCAUUAAUAAGCCAAGUGGUGACAAAGGGCCGAAUUCACGAAAGAAAAAUAAGAAGGAAGAGGUUGGAAAAAGUGCUGAGACCUUAAUAAAACAACUCAAACAGGGUCUCUCUCUGCUGCCAUUGAUGGAGCCUUCAAUCACCGCCAGCCUGGACCUCUUUGCUCCAUUUGGAAGCAGCCCAUCCAAUGGAAAAGGACAGUUGAAAGGAUCAUUUGGAAAUGCAGUGCUGGACAACAUCCCAGACUACUAUUCUCAGCUACUUACAAAGAGUAACCUCAGUAACCCUCCAACGCCCCCAUCCUCCUUGCCACCUACUCCACCACCAUCCGUACAACAUAAGCUGCUAAAUGGUGUGACAACAGGAGAGGACCUUUCUGAGGGCCAGAAGAACACAGAACCAUCAAAAGAGCCAAUGGGUUCUGUUAAAGAGGAAGUAAAGAAUGUGGACCUUCUAGCAGCCCUCCCUACGCCACCACAUAACCAGAAUGAGGAUAUCAGGAUGGAGAGUGAUGAGGACGAUGCUCAAGAAAGCAUCAUCCCAGCGUCAUCUCCCGAGAGUAAUGUAGGAGACGCAACACCACGUUUUCCUAAUCUCCGAGAGCCCAAAGAAGAGGAUACAGAGAGAGCAAUAUCCCCAAUCAUACCUGUCAUACCUCGCACUGCUAUCCCAGCAUUUCCAGAAAAUAAGCCAGUUGAAGCAUCUGAUGGGAAGGUAGUUUCCACAUCCAACCACUGGGACAAGACCAACAGCAAUGAAGUGUCUGUUACCUUCACAGUGUCUCCUGCUGCUGCCAAGAAACUCAAUCAUGUAAUGAUGGCAAUGGCUCAGCUGCUCAACAUUAGGAUGCCAGGUUCUUAUGAGGUCACGUUCCCUCCCCAAAAUGCUGAUCUGCCUGGAGUGGAUGGGCCUGGGAAAAAACAUGGACACUCAGGUUCUUUGUGCACAAAGGACGGUGCCUCGCCCAGUCAGGAUGAGUGGCUGAGGCAGUUUGACGUUUCUCUCCCUGGUUGUACGCUAAAGAAACAAGUAGACAUUUUGGCACUUAUUAAACAGGAAUUCCCAGAGAAUGAGGACAAACCAGUUCAGCACUGUUACACUACCAACGUUAAUGAUUUGGACGUUCGCCACCUUCCUGUUAUACCUGUGGAGGAAUCUCUACCCCCAUCACCUUCUCUUCCACAGCCUAUCCUGUCGUUACCAGUCACAGCUAGUGAGGCUGAUUCUUCCAAAAAGUCAUCUCCAACAUCACCUCCCUUCAGUCCCACCCAUGUCCUGAUCAAGACCGAGCCUGAGCAGCAUGUGGUUUCUCCUACUGAUGCUUCUCAGCCAGCUAAUGUCACAGAGUCUGAAGCUCCUGCUGCUCUAGAAUUAAUUACUGAACCAGCAACUUCCUCUGCACUGUCUGAUCCUGUUGAGCCUACUGAGGGUCAUCAUAGUCCUGUCAAAGAGGAGGCCUGUGUAACUGAGCAAACCCAACCUCCUAUGGAUUCUCCCAGCACCAUGGAGUCUUCCCCUAUAGCUGUCAAGCAGCGCAGGCCUCUCUCACCCGACGAAGAGGUAGCACACCCCAAAAUGAAAAAGUGGAAGGGGAUUCGCUGGAAGCGUCUUCAGAUUAUCAUCUCAAUACGAAAAGGCGGCUCAAAAAAGGAGACCAGCCGGGAGGUGUCAGAGCUGAUGGACACCCUGCGCAUCACUCUUCGACCCGAAAAGCUUCCUCGGGAUAAACGCAAAUGCUGCUUCUGUCACGAAGAGGGUGACGGGGCCACAGAUGGUCCUGCACGUUUGCUUAACAUUGAUGUGGACCUGUGGGUGCACCUUAAUUGUGCUCUGUGGUCCACAGAAGUGUAUGAGACACAGGGAGGUGCCCUGAUCAACGUGGAGGUGGCCUUGCGUCGUGGAUUACGAACUCUUUGUGCGUACUGCCAGAAAACGGGUGCCACCAACAGCUGCAACAGACUACGCUGCCCAAACGUGUACCACUUUGCAUGUGCCAUCAAAGCACGAUGCAUGUUUUUCAAGGAUAAAACAAUGUUGUGCACCCAGCAUAAACUGAAGGGUCCCAGUGAAGACGAACUCAGUACGUUUGCCGUUUUACGCCGGGUUUACAUUGAGCGAGAUGAGGUUAAGCAGAUAGCCAGCAUCUUGCAGCGAGGUGACCGCAUCCACCUGUUCCGUGUUGGUGGUCUCAUCUUUCAUGCUAUCGGCCAGUUGCUACCUUCCCAAAUGACCAACUUUCACUCACCCACUGCCAUUUUUCCUGUUGGCUAUGAAGCCACACGCAUGUACUGGAGCACACGUGUGCCCAACAAGCGAUGCCGCUACCGCUGCCGCAUCAGUGAAGAUGAUUGCCGCCCGCUGUUCGAGGUGCGUGUUCUGGAGCACGGCAUGGAGGAUUUACAGUUUCGGGACACAACACCAGAGGGGAUAUGGGAACGGAUUGUGCAGCAGGUGGCUAAACUUCGAGAAGAAUCGUUCAUGUUGAAGCUGUUCACCGAACAUGUGAAGGGAGAAGAGAUGUAUGGCCUCACUGUUCAUGCUGUCAUGCGAAUCACGGAGUCUUUACCUGGAGUGGAGAACUGCCAGAACUACCAAUUCCGAUACGGCCGUCACCCUCUGAUGGAGCUCCCUCUCAUGAUAAAUCCAACUGGCUGUGCUCGCUCUGAGCCCAAGGUUCCCACACAGUGCAAGAGGCCUCAUACUCUAAAUAGCACCAGCGUGUCAAAGGCCUACCAGAGCACUUUCACUGGAGAGCUCAACACACCAUAUAGCAAGCAGUUCGUCCACUCCAAGUCCUCUCAGUAUCGGCGUCUAAAGACCGAGUGGAAGAACAAUGUUUACCUCGCACGAUCUCGCAUUCAAGGCUUGGGGCUGUACGCCGCAAAGGAUCUGGAGAAGCACACCAUGGUCAUCGAGUACAUCGGGACUGUCAUUCGCAAUGAGGUGGCCAACCGACGUGAGAAGAUCUAUGAGUUGCAGAACCGUGGUAUCUACAUGUUCCGAAUCAACAAUGAGCAGGUGAUAGAUGCCACUCUAACAGGCGGCCCAGCUCGAUAUGUCAACCAUUCCUGUGCCCCCAACUGCGUCGCUGAGGUUGUAACAUUUGACAAAGAAGACAAGAUCAUCAUCAUUUCCAGCCGCAGGAUCCCCAGGGGAGAAGAGCUGACCUAUGACUACCAGUUUGAUUUUGAAGACGAUCAGCACAAGAUCCCUUGCCAUUGUGGAGCCUGGAAUUGCAGGAAGUGGAUGAACUAAGCAGGAAGAAGGAGAAAUGGAGCGUUGCCCUCACUCGUACCAGAACACUCCCGCGCCAAAGCCUUUGAAUCCUACAUCGCCAGUGCAUAAGCUGUUCUGAAAGACAUGGAGGAAGACUGUCCUCUACUAGUGAAAGACUAAAGUGUUGACACUUGUAGCCAAAGGUCUGAGCAUUAAUCGUUUGAAACCAACCGACCACCUUCCAUCAGCAGCAGUUUGAUGGUGGAGUCUGACUCUGAUGUUCGGACUUGUGAAUUUCCCUUUCCUGAUCAACCCCCCACCCCCUCUCCCUGGACGAGCCUGUUCUCAGUGAGCUUGCAGUUGCUGGAAAACAAUCCUCAACAUCUGCCAAAUGAUCUGACCCUCUGACAUUAUUACUUGUAGUGCAGAGCUCACCUGGAGCUUCAACAAAAAGCCAUGCUAAGCAGGAACUAAAGAUGCAUCUUAAUCUAACAAGGUUGGAUGGGUUCUUCUUUGUUGAAACGUUUUGUCUUUUAUCCAAAAGACUGCUUC